AUCAAAUAUUCAUUGUUACCCAAAUAUUUAAUAAUUGAUCCUCUUGUAAAGCAUUGAAGGGUGUCGUUGUAAUUUAACAUCCAAAAGAAGAAAAACCAGGAAACGCGCCCCCGCGAGUACAGAAAAGCUAGUUAACCUGAAAAACAAGGAACGGUGACCUCUCUGCUCUGCUCGACGUACUACUGUCCUGCCUUGACAGCCCACUCUUCUUUUCAAAGCAAAAAUAUAAAAAUUAAUUGAUAAACACCCCACAACUAUUCAUUACCCUCUCUCUCCAUCUCUCUCUCUAUCUCUCUAAAGUUUUCAUCUUUUUCCCAAAAUCCCUACCCAGCUUCAUCACCUACCACUCUCUCUUCCACACAAGCAAAUCAUCAAACACCAUGAAGAUAAAGAACAAAGGCAAAGUGCACCCAUCUCCUUCUUCUUCCUCCUCCUCCUCAUCCAACUCUGAUGGGUUUGUUCUCUCUGUGCUUCAGCUCCUCCCAGCUGCCAUUUUAGCUCUGGCUUCGGUCCUCUCCCUCGAGGACCGCGAGGUCUUGGCUUACUUGAUAACCCGGUCCAUGAAAACCACCCCCAAUAUUUCUUCGAUCCCGGCCCAAGACCCCAAGAAGAAAUCUUCCAAGAAAGGCCCCAAGUCCACCAGCGCCAGCACCCACCAGCCCCCAAUGUUCGAUUGCGACUGCUUCGACUGCUACAGAAGCUACUGGUUCAAAUGGGACUCUUCCCCCAACCGCGAGCUCAUCCACCAAGCCAUCGAAGCCUUCGAAGAUCACCUGGCCAACGGCGAGAAGACCAAGAAGAACAGCGGCAGAGGCAAGAGAAGAGACAAGUUGAGCCGUCGCGAGGCCCCGAAACCAGUCGAUGUUGCUGCCCAAGAUUCUAUCUUUCUGGAAGAGAACGCUCAAGUUUCACAUGAGCUUGCCGUUGAAAGCUCUGCUUCUGCUCUGUUGCCGGAAAACGACGUGGUUUUGGUGGGUUCGAAUGAGAAAGCGGAUGGGGUAGAAGAAAAUGACGGGAAAGUGGAAGACUUGGGCGCGGAGGUUAACUUAGAGCCUCCGGAGACGGCGGAUGACGUGGCGAUGAUUGCACGGACGGCAUCGGCGAGCAACCACAGGGGAUUGGCUAGGAAAGUGUUGCCGGACGUGUUGGGCCUGUUUAAUUCUCGUUUGUGGAACCUUUGGAGUCCGAAUGUCUAGCUUCCAAUAAAAAAAAGAAAAAAGAAAAGGAAAAUCUCUGAAUUUCUUUUAUUUCUUUAAUUUUUCGAGCCUCAAAAAAGAGAAAGAGGAGAGAACCAAAGUAUUAUAUUUUUGGUGGGUUAGGUUAUUUUUGUGCUCGAAUAUUAGGUAUGUCCCUACGCCCUCCCUCCCUCCCUCCCAAAUGAAAAUGUUCAUUUCUUUA